AUGGACCUAGCUAUUUCGCAGCUAGCGAUUGAAUGUCAGCAUAUAAGUAAUGUGAAAAAAGAACUUGAAUUUCUUUCACUGUUGCUUACACACGCUACAUCUUAUGAUAGUAUGGGAAUCAGUACUCCAAACACUAGUGUGUCUGAAACAAGUGGCAUCAAAGCAUUUUUUAAGAUUUUGAGUCGUAUAUGCAAAGAUUGUGGGCGCAUUUGGACGGUAAAUGAAGAGCUAGAUUGGUUGGUAUUCUAUUUGUUUGCGCGUUGCCAUGGUUGGAGCGACAUUGAUUUAAAUGAUGUACGAUCCCAGAUAGUCACACCUUCAACUGGACAUAGAUAUAGAAACGUGUCAAAAGAUGACGAGCUGAGAAUGAAAGACAGAGUCGUUGAAAUCACAACGGAGCUUAUUCAUUUGAUAAGAGGUCUUCCUCUUUCACUGGCUGGUCUUAAAAUGCUCAUCAGUUCCAUGAAUUUAGCUCGUGGGAUGCAUCACACUCGAAAGCUAAUAGCGCUGCAUGCUGUAGAUUGGUUAACAUUUGGAUUGCAAACAGAUGGCGGUGGUGUGAAGGCGAUUGCAAGUCCCAUAUUUUCUCACAAAAGUUCUACAACGCAGCCAUUUCUCCCAGAAGAUUCAACUCCAGAAAGCAUGUUUAUGACGGUGAAAGAUCUCAUUUGGAACUGCUGUACAGAUAAUAACCGUAGUAUUCGAAUCGGAACUUUAGGAUCAUUACAUAGCCUGUUUGGACAACUUUCUACAAAUACUAUUAUACGGCUGAUUAAGUUAUCAGUUGAGGUAUUGGAGAAGCCUGAAGUUUGUGCUAGUGAAGUAACUGAAGGUGUCACAGAUACACUUAAUGUUUUGUUGAGAAGGUUGGUGCCCAGUGAGCAACUAUAUUUUGCGAGGACAUCGUUAUCUGGAAACAUGGUAGUGUCAAAAACGAAUCUUCCAGCCUGUAGAUUUUCAGAGGAAUAUGUUCAGAAUCAGUUGUUUCCAAGAGUCCGUACAAUGAUUACCAACUUGUUUCACAGUAAUCACUUCGUUGUACGCAAAGCUGCAGUACGACUUUAUUUGACAUGCCUCAGCCGAUGUUCAGAUGACAUAUUUAAGGAAGUUCUUCUUCAAACAGUAACUGAAUUAUGUGUGAACGCUGAUAUACAAUCUGAUACCUACCGAGAUAAUUCACCCUCCAACUACAACAGUUGGAAAAGUAACCCAUAUUUCAAUGAAAGUUUGCUGACUCUUUGUCGAUUUCUUAUUAAAAAAGUUGGUGAGACCAAUCUGCCUCCAAAUACUGGUGACCUACAGAACUGUUUAGUUAAUUUUUAUAUGGGCCAUUCGUCUCGAUGUGUUCGUAACAGCGCAUGCAGUUUAUACCUGACGUUGUUCAUUAGUGCCUCGAAAAAUUUCAACCGUAUUCGUUAUUUAUUGAAUAAAAUAUUAGAAAAUUGGCAAAUCAAGCAAGAUAUUGUGUUAUCACCUAUUUCAAAGCUACAAAUUCAAAUAAACGAAACAGAAACUACAACACCACGUGGAAGGGAAUUAAGUUGGUCAUGGCGUGAAGGGCGCAUGCGCACAUAUUAUUUGAUUGCGCGGGCACUGGUUGGGUUUCAUCUUAAAGUCCUUCAUGAAAUGGAUACUGAUGGUUGUAGCCCAAUGAAUUCUGAAGACUUUUGUAUCAGUCCUACGUCAAAAGAUAAUUGUUCUCAAAGAAAUUUAUACACAUCAUUAAGUCAUAGUUUGCCUCAAUUUGGCUUUAGUCCUGUACCAAAAUCAAAUUAUCCUGUUAUUAUUUUAAAUACGGAUCGUGGAACUGUGGUGAAUAAAUCAUCAGCAUCGCCACAUGCUGUCGAAAAUUCGCCAACACUUUUUCAAAAGGGCGAGAAAUCAAGCUCUUCACAAAAACCCAUUUAUUUAACGGUUUUAGAAAAUAUCCGGAUGCUCGACAACGAGGGAAAAGAUAAACAGCCGGAAGUUAGCAAAACUCAAUCGUGGAUUAAACGUCUAAGUAUGGUAUCAGGAUUAACUUCAAUGAGUAAAACAAAUGUUGGUGGUUUAGAAUUAAAUUCUGUCAGCAUGAAAUCUAUGUCGUUCAAUAUGCUACGAUUAGCCGUUGAGUGUACAUUGGAUGAGAAUAAUAGCCUUCGUCGUUCUGCUAAAAAAGCCAUCAAUGAUGUUGGAAGGCUAAUACGGUGGUAUGAUGCCAAUAUUUUAUUGGAAAUGAUUUCUUUGCACAUGGUCAGUCCUCCAACUAUGAUGUCCUACGUAACUUUAAAGCUUUUACGCGACGGUCUUUCUGAGCUAUACCUAUAUGAUGAAAUUUUACAAAAAGAAGAAGAAGAACCUGGUUUCACUGAGAAAUAUGCGAUUUUUGGGACUGUCCCAAUUUUAAACGCGGCCUUGCUUUAUGGUUUGUUUUCAUUGGACAGAUCAAGACUGUGGCUUCGAUGUUGCCAGCAAUAUACUUUGGAUAGUACAAUGGCUCUCUCUAUCAGUAUGUUAUCAAUGGAAUGUACUUUGCGAACCCUUUGUCUUGUACACAGAUUGUCUAAUUUAUCACUCGUAGCAUGCACUUGGGAAAAUAUGAGGCCGAAUCCUUUUUCAGAUCUACCAUACUCACAACGUAAACUAGAUUUAGAUGCAAACGAUGUAGCAGAAUGUAUUAGAGGCUUUGUCGAAUUUGCUCAACGCAUAGACGUGAAACUUGGACCUACGAACGAGCCAAUAUUAAAUGUCGUAGAUUUUCACAAAAUGAUGAUAACGCAGAAGCCAUAUUUAUCAUGCUUACAGCUCUCUCAACCAACUGCAAAGUGUUCACUUACAUACUUCAUUCUUAAGCUAGUUACUAAACUAGAAUCUGUUAUAUAUCCUUAUUUACCACCAUCUGUAAAUUCAAGUCGGCCCAAUCCAGACGUUCGUAAAACUGGUGGUCUUCUUUUAUCUCCAAUACUGCCGUAUCUCAUAACAUGGCCACUAGCUCUUCUUCCUCCUAGUUUGAAUAACACUUUGGAAAAUCCACCAAAUGAGGCUAGAAUACUUGCUGUUCGUAAAUUACUCCGCUUAAUCGCAGCUAUAAUACUUGCGUUACCAACUACAAAUAACUCAGAACUUCCAAAAAAUGAAUCAAGUGGAAAUAAAGAUAAUUCAUUACUAAAAGAGCUUUCAUCAAUUGCUGAGCGUUCUGUCGAAUUAGCAACUGUUGUCAAUGCUUGUUUUGCUCAGUUGGAAAAUCUUAUUUUGCAGUUGAAUCGGUAUUACGAACCUACAAGAAUAUGUACCACUACUUCAUGGUGGUGGGUCCGUGCAUUGUGUGAGCACCUACCCCGGCUUAUGCAGAUCGCUUCAUUUUCUAAUCCUGUAAAUAUAUUACGUUUUCUGAUUGAAGAUGUUAGAACGAAAUCUACAUUAUCAAACACGAAGCAAAAUACGGAUCACCAAAAAACAGAACCAACAAGGUGGACUAAAGCACUUGAAUAUGGUCGUCAAGAAGCUAAAUCUAAAAUAAAACUAAAAGAAGGCAGUGGGGUAUUAAAAUAUCAGUGGCCAAAAGUUGGGGAGAUUUUAAAAGCUAAAGAAACGAUUGAGAAACAAUAUGCAUUAGAAACCAAGGGCCGAAAAAGUUCGCUAUCGAAAUCACCUACAUCUUGCACCACAGAUCCUGAUCAUUCCCCAAUAGAUGAAGAACAACAUCGCUUCUUUAUAACUAGCGAUAAUGAAGAGGAUGAGGUCUACAUUCUACAGGAAGAAGUAGAUAUUUCUUCCUCCUCCUCUUCUGAUAAUGAUGAUGAAGAGGAGCAAGAACAAGACCGAGAAAUUCGAGAUGAUUUAAUACGUAAAGAAGAGAGAGUCAACAGUCUAUUUUAUAUUCCUAUAAAAGCUGAACCGAUAGAAACACCGCCAGCCCUAGAAGAUAUCAAUGAUUUGGUUGAACGUGUGCUUCAAUACUGUCAACCGGCUAUCGUGACAACAGUACGCCAGAUUUUAGCAGCCUCUGAUUCACCAAACGCCUCAUCAUUAGAAAAGUCAGUGCGGACCCAAGAAGGUACUUUAGAACUCAUUGAAGCUUCUUACAUACAAUGA